GCGCUAUUUCUUAUAUACAGCUCUGUAGUUACAGCCUGCUCGAUUAUUGCGUCUCUACCUUGUGCCAUCACCAGUUUGAUUAAUUCAUACUACUCACUAUUAACUCAGCCCACGUGUGGAGAUGUUUUACACCUGUGGACCCAAUGAGGCAAUGGUGGUGUCAGGUUUCUGCCGCUCUCCACCGGUCAUGAUCUCUGGUGGAAGAGUGUUUGUUUUCCCAUGCAUCCAGCAGAUUCAAAGAAUCUCUCUGAAUACUCUGACGCUGAAUGUUAAGAGUGAUAAAGUCUACACACGUCAUGGAGUGCCCAUCUCUGUCACUGGAAUUGCACAGAUGAAGAUUCAAGGGCAGAAUAAGCAAAUGUUGGCUGCAGCAUGUCAGAUGUUUAUGGGAAAGUCCGAGGGUGAGAUUGCCUAUAUCGCCUUGGAAACACUGGAGGGCCACCAGAGAGCCAUCAUUGCUCAUUUGACUGUGGAGGAGAUCUACAAAGACCGUAAGAAGUUCUCGGAGCAGGUGUUCAAGGUGGCUUCAUCUGACCUUGUCAACAUGGGCAUUAGUGUGGUCAGCUACACACUCAAAGAUGUUCAUGAUGACCAGGAUUACUUGCACUCUUUGGGAAAAGCCCGUACGGCACAGGUGCAGAGGGAUGCACGUAUCGGGGAAGCCUUGAACAAAAGAGAUGCAGUGAUCAGGGAAGCCCAUGCUAUGCAGGAGAAGGUAUCUGCUCAGUACGUGAAUGAGAUUGAAAUGGCAAAGGCUCAAAGGAACUAUGAGCUAAAGAAGGCUGCUUAUGACAUUGAGGUCAACACCAAAAAAGCUGAGUCUGAGAUGGCCUACCAGCUACAGGUGGCGAAGACAAAGCAGCGGAUUGAGGAGGAGAAGAUGCAGGUUAUGGUGGUGGAGCGAUCACAGCAAAUCACACUGCAGGAACAGGAGAUCACACGCAAAGAGAUGGAACUGGAGGCCAAAGUCAAGAAACCAGCUGAUGCUGAGCGAUACCGACUGGAGAAACUGGCAGAAGCUGAGCGUCUUCAACUCAUUAUGGAGGCAGAGGCUGAGGCCGAAUCCAUUAGAGUAAGAGGAGAGGCCGAAGCGUAUGCUGUGGAGGCUAAAGGUCGUGCAGAUGCAGAGCAAAUGGCAAAGAAGGCUGAAGCAUUCCAGUAUUACAAGGAAGGAGCAAUGGUGGACAUGUUGCUAGAGAAACUGCCACUGAUGGCUGAGGAGAUAAGUAAGCCUCUGACAGCCACCAAUAAGGUCACCAUGGUGUCCAGUGGAGAUUCAGAGAUUGGCGCAGCCAAGUUGACAGGCGAAGUGCUGGAUAUCAUGACCAGACUGCCUGAAACCAUCGAGAAACUGACUGGUGUCCGCAUUUCCCAGGUGGCCCGCACUUGUUGAACCCACCUCUUCUUGAACAGAGCUAUGAUUUUAAUGUUGUACGCAUGCCUCACUAUAAUUCCCUCAAAAUAUUUUGCUUGACUUUUUCUCUUUUUUUUAUUGAAGACAUUCUCUUUGUAGCCUAUUUAUGCCCCCCUUUCUCCAUUUCUGUCUAUCUUCCACAUGCAUUUUUUUUGUUUCUUUCUUUCCCUGUCUCUCUCUCUAACACUGCCUGUCCUUUUUGCCAAAAACCAAAGUGCAUUUUAAUCUAAAAGUCCAGGGAAGAAGAAUGCUGUUCAUAAUGCUUUUUAUUUCUAAUGUCUUUGUGCCAUUCACAGUGAAAUCUAGGAUAUGUUGAAUUUGCCAAAAGCUGUUUUUUAUUAUUAUUAUUAUUAUUAUUAUAGAAGACUUUUAAAAUGCUAGUAGUGUACUAACACCAUUUAGUUAGACUUGACCAUUUCCAUUAGUAGUUGUAAAGUAACAUGAAGGGAUCCACACAGGAAAGCAGUCAUUUAUAAGCUUUUGUCACAUCAUGUGUUGAUGGCAAUCAAUAACUGGUACUGUUGUAACUCUUUCUGGGGUUUAAAUGGGAUAUACUUUCACUUUCCUUUAAGGAUGUGUUUAAAUGGUGUUGCUAUUAGUUUAACAGUUUGACAUAACCUCAUAGGAAUUAUUGCAGUUAUCUGCUUCAAAUGGUACUAUGUUCAGUUGAACUCUGAUGAUACUGCCUAUUAUGUCAGAUCAUCUUGAAUCUUUCCAGUGUACGAGGAAACUGAACAAUCAAUUGUCUUUAUAUGUAAAGUGAGAAAAGUUAAAGGUCAGUAUUCUUUGGUUGUAAUGAUAUAUUGAAUAUGCUAUAAAUUCUACCUAGUUCUGUCAGUACAUCAAAUUGUAUACAUAAGUGAUUGUGAUGAAUGUGAUUCCUUUUUCCUCAAAUGUUCAAAUGUCAGACUCAUUACAGUAUGUUGAAGCUACUGGAAGGCUUUUAUUAUUUUUGAUUUAUUUUUCAUUUCAUAAGCUCCAAAUGCAAUCAUAAAACUAGCACUAAUAUUAUGUUAUGGCACUUUACAGACGUUGUAGCAAAGAAAACUUUUAUUUUCCAACACAUUUAUUACCCCUUUUUCCCACCCACAGUUUUGAAAUGUAAUGUUUUGUGACUAAUAUUUUAUAAUUGAAGUGAAAUGCAUCCCUCUAAGGAUGAAGGUGUCCAUUUAUUUUUGGUGGGCAGAAAAAACCCAAACAUAUUUAUUAGUUAAACCUACUGUUAUGCUGUGUAGGCUAGUGCUGCUGUGUUAGUGUGUUAGAAUUACUUAAACACAUUAGUUAUUUAAACACACACACACACACACAUAUAUAUAUAUUCUGUACUAUUUAUACAGUGAUGUAUCCAAAUCACCAGUUUUAAAUGUUAUGAUUGUAUCUGCUUCAAUGCAUGCAAAGACUAACAAACUAAAACACUUUACUCUGAAUAAACUAUUUGUGCGUAUGAUGCCUUAAACUAACCUCACUGCAACAAACAUUUAUUUCAAUAUUUUCAAAAUUCUGUCUGAAUUUAAUAAAAAUGUGACUAGCAGGAGAUUUGAA